CUUGCGACUGUGUAGUGUACCAGAGCCACGGGCUGAGCAGUGGGCGGUUCACAUCGCCCAACUUCCCUCAGUACUACCCGUCUAACAUCAACUGUGUCCUGUACACCUUCAUCGGAGACGCCACCGAGAUCAUCGAGCUCACCUUCAUACAGUUUGACCUCAAGAUGCCCGACCCCAGCGGACGUUGCUUCGACUUCCUGAGGGUAUACCAGAACCUGGAGCGGCCGGAAGUGAACGAGCACAACCAACAUGACAUGGAGUUUUGCGGCGGUUACAACUCCAUCCAGAGCACCAUCUACAGCAGUGGGAGGUCUAUGGUGCUGGAGUUCCACACAGAGCCCAGGUCUGGUCGGCCGGGGAACUAUACGGGCUUCAAGGGCAUCUACAGGUUCCUCAAUAAAGCCAACUACAUCACGACGGGCAUACGAGCACAAGGGAAGCAAUGCACGUAUGACUUUCAUAGCAACAGUAGCCACAUCAGUGGGAGAUUUUUCUCCCCUUUCUACCCGCAACACUACAAAGCCAGCACUUCCUGUCGAUACCACUUCCACGCCCGGCAGGGAGAGAGGGUUAGGAUUAUGUUCACCAACAUACAGCUACAUCAUAUAGAUGCGAGCCCCUCAUAUUACAG